AUGCCAGACGAGCUGACCGAGCCCGGGCGCGCCACGCCGGGCCGCGCCUCCUCCUUCCUCAUCGAGAACCUGCUGGCGGCCGAAGCCAAGGGCGAGGGGCGCGCGGCGCGGGGCGGCCGCGGGGACGACGACGACGACGACGACGACGACCCGGAGGACGAGCACGCGGGGCCGGCGCGGCGGCGGCGGCUGCAGCGGCGGCGGCUGCGAGCGGGCGCGGGGCCCGGCGGGGAGGCGCGGGCGCGGGCGCUACUCGGGCCCGGCGCGCUGGGCCUGGGACCCCGGCCGCCCCCCGGGCCCGGGCCGCCCUACGCGCUGGGCUGCAGCGGCGCGGCCCGCUGGUACCCGCGGGCGCACGGCGGUUACGGCGGCGGCCUGAGUCCUGACCGGCUGCCCACAACCCACCGUGUCCCCUUUCUCCUCUCUCCUGCAGCCAGCGACCGGGACUCACCGGAGACGGGCGAGGAGAUGGGCCGCCCCGAGGGCGCCUGGCCGCGGGGCCCGGGGCCGGCCGCGGCGCAUCGGGAGGAGGCCGAGCUGGCGGCGCGCGGCCCUGCGGCCGGCGCGGAAGAGGCGGCCGAGCCGGCGGAGCCCGCGGCGGCCGGGGAGGCGCGCGGCGGCAGCGGCGGGGCGGGCGGCGGCCGCAAGAAGAAAACCCGCACGGUGUUCUCCCGCAGCCAGGUCUUCCAGCUGGAGUCCACCUUCGACCUGAAGCGCUACCUGAGCAGCGCCGAGCGCGCCGGCCUGGCCGCCUCGCUGCAGCUCACCGAGACGCAGGUGAAGAUCUGGUUCCAGAACCGCCGCAACAAGUGGAAGCGGCAGCUGGCGGCCGAGCUGGAGGCGGCCAGCCUGUCCCCCCCGGGCGCGCAACGGCUGGUGCGCGUGCCCGUGCUCUACCACGAGAGCCCGCCGGCCGCCGCCGCCGCCGCGCCGCCCGCCGCGCUGCCCUUCCCGCUGCCGCCCGCGCCGCCCGCGCCGCCCGCACCGCUGAUCGGCUUCUCCGGGGCCCUCGCCUACCCGCUGGCCGCCUUCCCGGCCGCCGCCUCCGUGCCCUUCCUGCGGGCGCAGAUGCCCGGCCUGGUGUGA